AUUGAAGCUUUACGACUCUUUGUUCGACGCCAGGCUGGUCUUGGUAGUUUAGUCUCUGGUCGCAAGCGCGCAAGCCAAUACCGUUGAGUGGUCGAUUGGUUGUCGAAGCGGUGCGAUUUUAACAUAAAAGAAUCAAGAAAAAAAAAUAAUACUUACAAAAUUUAAUUUAUUGUUUGAAAAUUAUUAUAAUUAGCAUUUUUUUUUUUAAUAAAACAAUAAAAAAUCUUGCAUAAAAUGUGGAAAACGAAUGUUUUUGGGGCACUUUUAGCUUUCAAUUAUUUAUUGGGAUUUUGUUUUGGAGCCGAGAUGCUGUGGCCAGAUGACAAUGCCCACAUGAACGCAACCUUAACGGAAAUACUUAAGCCACGAGUCGUUGGUAGCGCAGGUCAUAAACAAGUACGAGAAUUUAUAAUAAGAGAGCUUAACUCUCUCGGCUUCAAUACGGAAACAGAUCAAUUUUCAGAAAAAGUACCAAUAUUUGGCAAGGUCACAUUUACAAAUAUUAUUGGUUCUAUAAAUCCCAAUGCGGACAACUUUUUGGCCUUAUCGUGUCACUACGAUAGUAAAUACUUCGCUGAUAAUCCAGAGUUUGUGGGAGCAACAGAUUCUGGUGUGCCCUGUGCAAUUUUACUUAAUACCGCUAAGACCUUGGCUCCGUACUUGCAAAGACAGUUUAAGCAACGUAAUGAUAUAGGAUUAAUGCUUAUAUUUUUCGAUGGUGAAGAAGCCUUUAAAGAAUGGAGUAAUACCGAUUCGAUAUACGGUUCACGUCAUUUGGCUAAACAGUUAGCAACUCCAAGAAGUUUAAUUGACUGGUCACGCAAUAUUGAUAAAAUAGAAGUCCUUGUACUUUUAGAUUUGAUCGGCGCUGCAAAUCCCAAAUUCUAUAGUUUUUAUCCAAAUACCAAUGGUCUACAUAACAGCCUUUAUAAUAUUGAAAGAAAAUUAAGCUCAACUCAGAAUUUAGAAGGACAUAAUUUUAUGUUUAUAAAGAAACAUUCACAGGGAUUCAUUGAUGAUGAUCAUCGUCCAUUCUUACAAGAAAAUGUACCAAUAUUGCAUUUGAUCACCACACCUUUUCCAAAUCAAUGGCAUACGCCAGCAGAUACAGCACAGAAUUUGGAUUGGCCUUCUAUACGUAAUUUUAAUAAAAUAUUUCGUAAGUUUGUCUACGACUAUCUCAUCCUACACAAGGAACCAGUCAAUUUACGUACUUUACAAUUCCAAUAAAAUUGUCAACACUAUAUAAUAUUUUUUCUUUUU